AUGAAUCGCUGGAAACCUUUCUCCAAAGUGAGGCACUUUUCCGGCCUGAUCAAACUAACCAAUAUACGAGAGCACCAAGAUGAGAUAAUCAGCUGCAUAGAAAAGGUCAAGGUGGUCAACCCACUGGUGCACUGCAUUACCAACAGAGUAACAACGGAAAAGGUAGCAAACAGUUUGCUAGCAUUUGGUUCUUCCCCAGCCAUGAUUGAUAACCCUAAGGAAGUGGAACAAUUUGCAAAAAUAGCUUCCUGUACUUACUUCAACCUAGGGUUGCACACAAGUCAAGUAGAUAACAUACAUGUGCUGGAGAAAAUGAGACAGGAAAAAAAAAAGGAAGAGUUCACUUUGAUAAUAGAUCCAAUAGCCGUAGGGGCAACAGAGUACAGGACAAACCUAAUCAAAGAUAUCAUUGUUAAGUGCAAGCCUAAUGUCAUUAAAGGAAAUAUAGCUGAAAUAUUUUACCUAGAUAAAGGAGAGUUCUUGGGGAAAGGGGUAGAUAGCAACACUAGUUCAGCACAUAACCAAAGUGAUAUAAUUGCUAGUGCAAGGAAUGUUGCUUUGAAAUAUAAUUGUGCAGUUGUCGUCACGUCAAAAGCUGACAUCAUUGUUAGCCCCUGCUCAAAUUAUGUAGCCCAAAUUAAUUGCGAUUUAAAAAUUUUGACCAAAAUUACCGGCUCGGCAUGCACGGCUGCCACACUAAUUUACAAACUGGCCGCUUUUAAGGCCUACGAAAAGGAGACCGGCCCAGGCACACUCAGCCAUAAAAUAAUUGACAACAUUUAUUUUUAUUCCAACAAUCCGCACUUUCUGAAUUUUCAAGUUGUGGACGUGUACGCGGUGAGCUGA